ACAGCCUGGUUUGCUGGUUGUUUCAGGAGUCCCUAAAACAUUAAACAACCAGAAUUACAAUUUCAUACUAAUGUCAAUACACCCGUAAAGCUAGCUAAUGUAAGCUAGUCAGCUAKCUUGCUAAAUCGCGAUUGUCGUAAAUUAASUUAAUGAUWWAAAAAAAUGCAUAAUCGUUUGUCUCUACAUUAACUAACAUAUUCCUAUCAACUGUACAUUUUGUUGCAUGAUUCGUUAUGACAUUAUAAUCACUUACGUUUGCUUCCGUCCUAGUAUUUUUGUCAGCCAUCUUUGCUGAAGAAAGUCUCCAGCAUCGGGUUGCACAGCGUCAAAUUCGUCUGGGAAGCACUCUGAUUGGUCAUCGCCCAGCGGUCACCGCUGGUGAUUUGCAUAAAGUUGGCGAAAAUUUUCGCCCACCUUCGCACCGCCCAAAACCACCCUUUCCACUGCUCAUGGCUUUCCUUCCAUUGAAAUGAAUGGUAAAGCGGUGGUUUACCGCGCAGCAACCUAUGCUAGUGUUUCAUGAGGGAUGAAUUUGUCAAAUGGAUUGAUGGCGGGGGCGCUARAUGGCGCAGAAGACCAAAGUGGUCAAGUGAAUACUUUUUUCYAUGUCACUUGCAGUGCUGCUGGUUAGUAGCUGACAAGAUACAGUCAUUGCUCUGAAAAUAUUGAAGAAUAUUUAGGACUAUCAGUUCUCUAUGAAAGAACCAGUACUGGUGAAAAAUAAAGACAGCAAAGGGCACACACUUGCACUUGGGAGGAAUCUGGCAGAUCUAGUUACACAAUUCAUAUUUUAGAAGGGUGGUGCUGGGUGGGCGCGCGAGCUAAAUUUACGGUGCUAACGUGCUACUGUAGCUACCUGGCUGUUGCUACUUAGUUGGCAGCUGUUGCCUUGUAGUUUGAGCUAGCUAGCUGAGUAGCAAAAGUUCGCAAGCCCAGUAGAUAUCUUGGUUGCACAAAUGUGAGCCUGCAUUAUAAAUGGAGAUGGAUAAUGAACUUAAGAAAUCCAUCCAGCAACAGAAGGCCAGAGUAGCAGAGAAUACAAAAUCCACCUUACCUGGAAAUAAGGAAAUUAUUUCAGAACAAUCUGAGAUGACAAAAGAUCACAAGACCUAUGACCACACACUCAAUGAAAAUAUCCCUCCAUUUAAGUCGUUCACGGCACAAGGGAAAGAGGAGAGUUGUUGUCUAAGUUUACCUUUGGGUAAAGACUAUGAGAGGAAGAAACAGAAGUUACAUCAAGAGCUCCGUCUGGACUACAGACACUUCAUGCUCAGGAGCAGAUUGCCUUUCUCAGAGCUCCUCCAGAUCUCCCUGAUGUUCACUGCAGCCCCAGACCCCCGGUGCACCCUAAGAGGGUCCCCUCUAGRAGAGAGACAGCCACGCUGACCGAAGGCAAGAGGG